GCUUUUUACGUCGGGAGAAAGAAGUAGAUAGAAUGAGUGGUGCAGAUCACAAAAUACCACCUACGGAACGUGUUUCCUCCUUACUUGCAUUAUCGAUGAAAACAAAUUCCUGGAAAUAUAAUACUGACAAAUAACAACCUGCCACUCCGGGACCCGAACGGAAAACGAAUUGUGGUCUCUGCGUCUGUUGUCCAAUAUAAUAUUUGUGUCUGUGUUGCGGCAACAUGGCGGUUUCUAUAAAAACAAAACAGAAAUCCUAACCGCGUAUGAAAUAUGGACAUCAAAAGUGAGAUCGUAAUUAAGGACGAAAAUUUGCUUAAUGUGAAAAGUGAACAAAACGAUGAAAUUAUUUUCAUCGAUUCGUCGGACGAAGAAACCUCCGCGACUAGCAGCAAUACUGACGUCGAUGUCGAGGACAAAAUCACGAGCACGUACAUAAUUUACAAAGAACCGCUGCAGCAGCAAGAAAACAAAGUCGACUACUUUUUCUGCGUGGUGUGCCUGUUGGGUUUCACGGAUAAUCAGAAGCUGGAGAGUCACCUAACUGAGGCCCAUUUCUUUAUCAAAACGAUCUAUGUGUGUCCAAAUUGUCUGGAAUCGCAUACGUCCAAGGACGAUUUUCAGACCCACUUGAUGCAGCACGCGCUCCCUUAUUCAAACGAUUUCAUGGCUUUUGAGUGCAACUACUGUAAUCUCAGUAAUGGCAGCCGGGUGGGCAUGUUGGCACAUGUGGAGCAACACUUCCGCAAGGCGAAGCGUCAAAUGGACCAGGCAAGCCGAUUUUCGAAAACCAUCGAAUCACUUAAGAGGAACGUAAAGACGAUGCGCACGCGUCACGGAUGGGCGUCGCGGCAGCAACAAAAACGGCCGCCAUUUUGCCGGGUGUGCUGCAAACGCGUGUACCGUCUGCGCGAGCACGUCAAAGCGGUGCACUCGGCGACACUCGCGUGUUUCGUUUGCCACGCCCCAGUCACCAAAUUGGAAAAGCACUUGCGCAAGGAGCACUUCUACUCGAGACCGAUUCACAGUUGCCCGCUGUGUCCGGACACGUUCGAGGUGCGCAAAUCGUUCGUCGCGCACCUCCAAUCCGCGCACCGGUUCUCCUACAGGGACACGUACACAACGUACAUGUGCGUGCAUUGCGGCGGCGUGACCUCCGACCACCGGAGCGCGGCGGAACACGCGAACCGGCAUUUUCGGGAGGCGGGCGUCGAGCCUACAGACGGUGGCGGGCCCGUCGGGCCCGGAACUUGCAAGCACUGCCUCGAGACGGUCGCGGGCGACGGGCUACGUUGUCGGGGCCCCUGCGGUGGCUCCUAUCACCUAAACUGCUCGACCGGCCUGGCCGAGGAACUGUUCGACGUCGACAACGAAAACUGGUUCUGCGUGGAGUGUCGCGGAUCCGACGCCAACGAAGCGUUCGGUGUCAUUAACGAUAUCGCGAACACGUCGCGUUCCAUGGAUGUGGCGACCAAUGACUACCGCAGGGAAGCGAAGAGAGUGAAGCGGAUGCGAGACUUGACAGACAGUAUUAAGGAGGAUCACGCGAAGCUGGAAAACGACAUGGAGCGAAUCGACAAUUUUAUACGGAAUGCCAAAUCGGACAGAAUCAAUAAUAAACUAACGCGGACGGUUUGCAACAUCGUCCGCAAUCUCCUGCACCAGAGCGAUUAGAAUGUAGUUGGAAAUAAAAAUAUAAAUCACGUCUA